AUGAAGUCGCUCAAGAUGAGCAAGGUGCUUGGCACCAUAAGAAAGAAGAAGUCUGCGGAUGCCCCUAACACUCCCGAAGUUCCUCAAGGCGAAAGGCCCGAGACUACGGCCUGCCGUUGUGUGAAAUCCUUCUGCGAAUCCGACUCAAAUAAUUCCGGAGACGAAGUGCUUUAUCUGCCUCCCAUCGUCGACGCUGCCGAGUCAUCUCCUGCUGCUGCUGCAGAAUGCGCGCGCCUCAUUCGAAAAUACCUGAAAAGGGACUAUUGGACGAAGCCCUCUUACCAAUAUAAUGCCAUCAUGCUCAUUCGCAUCCUUGCUGAUAACCCUGGCCAAACAUUUACUAGAAAUUUGGAUUCGAAAUUUACCGAUACUUCAAAAGAGCUGUUGAGAUCAGUACGCGACCCGAGUGUGCGACAGAUGAUGAUGGAGACAUUAGACUCUUUCGAGAACACAAAAUCGUAUGAUGAGGGGUUGACACCUCUCAUUACUAUGUGGAGGAAGGAGAAAGAGAGAGCGCAGCAACUAUAUGGAGGACGUCCUCCGCCGGUGACGCGCUCCAUGACCGAGCCUCCUAUCAACCCCCAUUCCCAGAACUAUUUCGCGCGAGCCCAUUCGAACCGCAAACUCCCGGAUCCCGUCGAGUUGGCUAGUAGACUAGAAGAAGCGCGAACAUCCGCGAAUCUGCUACAGCAAGUCGUUACUAAUACCCCGCCGGUUGAAGUACUCAGCAACGAUUUGAUUAAGGAAUUUGCGGAUCGUUGUACUAGCGCGAGCCGAAGCAUACAGAUGUAUAUGACAGCCGAGGAUCCAGCCCCUGAUAAUGACACUAUGGAGAGCCUAAUCGACACAAACGAGCAGCUUCAGGCAGCAUUGAGCCUACACCAGAGAGCUAUGUUGAACGCGAGGAAACUGAUUGCAGUUAUGGACCCACAUCCUCAGACUCAAAGUCAGGCUCCAUCUCGAGCUUCCGUGAGCCCUAUAGAGUCGGAGCGAAACGAGAGUGGCUUAGAACCGCCUCCCAUGCCGGCUCGAAAGCCGAAUGGUAAAGGUAAAGAAAGGGAAUAUGAGCCUGCUGUAGCGGGGCCGUCGAGAACACAUACGCCCGCUAUCGAAGAUGACGAUCCGUUUAGAGAUCCUGAGCCCUCGGGGUCAAGGUCCCACGCGGCCGGUGGGUCGAGAUCUGGUGGUGGGGCAUCUUCGAACUAUAUCGAAGAACAGCGGUUAGCGUUUGAACCCUUCCAUCCCGGUUUCGAGACGACACCAAGCUAUCUAGGUAGGCAGGAAAGUGCGCUCGGGAAGGAGGUGAUGCAUGGGGCUGCGGGAGAUUCCUCGUCUGAUGACAGGCGCUCGCGCGACGACGUGAGUGACUACGAGACCACAGCUCCGAAGAACAAGGAGCCGAUUUACCGUUAUUAG